CAGUGGGAAAGGAUCCCUGAACUCGUCAAGCAGCUUUCAGCCAAGCUCAUAGCUAACGAUGACAUGGCAGAACUCCUCCUUGGAGAAUCCAAGCUAGAACUUUUUCUGAAAGCAUACCCUCUAAAACAGGGGGCAAGUCCCUGUGGACCCCGACCAAAAUUAAUUGAAGUCAGGAAGCAUCUCACUGCCGCACUUGAUCGUGGAAAUUUAAAGCCAGAGUUCUUACAAGAAGCCCAUUUAGUUAUGGCCAAAUUAAAUUAUGUAGAAGGCGAUUACAAAGAAGCUCUUAAUACAUAUGCUAAAGUGGGAAUUGAUGACAUGCAGCUUGCUGCUGUACCUCCUUAUCGCUUAAGAAUGAUUGCUGAAGCAUAUUCAACCAAAGAGUGUUUAAAAUCUUCAAGUGGAAGUGCUCUUAUUGAAUAA